CAGGCGCGUAGCUUACCCGUAAUUACCACAAUUUCCUGUUACACUCAUUUGAAAAGACAAUGUUCCUGAGGAAGCUAUGAGGAGGGCAAAGGGACUACUUUUUGAUGGAAGAGCUCUGUUAUUGUUACUCUGACACACUGGAAAAAGGGACAGCUGCUCAUAAAAUCGGAUAGCGUGUUAGCUGGAAAAAAGUAGAGGUGACUACAGCAGGCUCAAGAACAAGUGAACUGAAGAGAUUUUUAAAAAGUCAUUCAACAUGGGCUCAGAUUAUUCCUCAGUGGGAUGGUUACCUGGUACUGAAUCCCUGUGGCAGUCCACAAGCAUUUCGUCAAGCAGUCAAAGCAAUCCUGUCAGAAGACACAGUAUAGCUUCCGACAGCGGGGACACUGGGAUUGGUACCUCCUGUUCGGAUAGUGUGGAAGAUCAUUCAACUUCAAGUGGUACAUCCUCGUUUAAGCCCAGCCGAUCACUGGUUUCUAUUCCCACUGCCCAUGUGAUGCCGUCUAAUGCCAGCGCUUCGCUUUCCAAGCACAGGGAAGCUUUCAAGUCUGAAGGCUCAAAAUGGAGUACAAGCUUUGUACGGUCGGGAGGAGGCAGAAAUCAGGGCGUCCUGGACAGUUCUCUUGACAUGAAAGAUGCAAGACCUGUAAGAAAAUGGUCCUCCUUGUCUAAACUCAGCUCACCAAAUACCUGCAGCCAGGAUGAAAGUAGUCAUUCAGCAGACUCCAGGGCUAGUACAGACAAAGCUAUGUCACCACAAUUAAGGACAAAUGGGCCAAGCUGUUUGCAUGAUAGCAUGGAGUUGCUAAAAAUUGAGGACAAAGAAACAGGGAAAAAACGAUCUUCCCUACUAGACUGCAAAUACAAAUUUGAAUCAUGCAGCAAAGACGACUUUGUUUCAGAUUCCUCAAGUAGGAGACAUGCCUUAGACUUGACCUACAGUGCCUUACCCGAAAGCAAAUCUACGGCAGCCAGCUGUGAAGCUUUUGGACCGAGAUAUGCAACUCUGGGACAACAGGCUGUGAGUGGAGUUCCCAUUCAGCCAGCAGUGAGGACUCAGAUGUGGCUUAAAGAACAGUUACGUGCAAAUCCCCUGGACUGCAGGAGUGCUGAGGAGUCGUACAGCGUAGCUGCGUGGCACGCGCAGCAGCUUGACGACUUCAGAACAGGCAGUGAACAGCCUGCGCAGGUGCUGACCGGAACAUCUCGUCAGAGUUACCCAGCUACCAGCUAUCGGGACUUCAGCAACUGGGAAUCUCUAAUGAAAAUAAAAGAAGGGCUGCUAAGACAGAAGGAGAUUGUAAUCGAUCGGCAAAAGCAGCAAAUUAACAAUUUACAUCAGAAGAUAAGGGAAAAUGAAUUACGAGCUCAACAUGCAAGACUGAGCCAUCUUGUGAACUGUGAAGAACCUUACAUGACUGAUUUUCAGCAACCACAGUAUGAGAGCACAUCGUUGCAACCUCAGUUUUCAGAAAGACCAACAUCGCACCUUGAGGAGCUUGAGCGAAAGAUUGCAGCAGCUGAGAAUAAGGAAUUACAACUCGGUGAAUUUCUUAAGCAAAUGUCAAACAAAUCUAGUGAGGAGAAAAAGAAGAUGGAAGAGAAACUUAAAACUAGAGACCGAUACAUCAACAGCCUAAAAAAGAAAUGCCAGAAGGAGUCUGAGCAAAACAAAGAAAAACAGAGACGAAUCGAAACCUUAGAAAAAUACCUGGCUGACCUGCCAACACUGGAUGAUAUAGAAGGUCAAACUAAACAGCUGCAAAUUCUAGAAGAGAAGAACAAGCAGCUCCAGGAAACUCUGACUGAGUUAGAGAAGAAGCUUGGAGAGACCCGAUCACAGUGCAGGGACAAAGAAUUGCAGCUGGUGUGUCAGAAGAAAAAAGAAAAAGAGCUGGUCACAACAGUGCAGAGCUUGCAACAGAAAGUAGAAAAAUGCCUGGAAGAUGGUAUUCGCCUUCCCAUGUUGGACACAAAGCAGCUUCAGAAUGAGAAUGAAUGUCUCAAAGAAAAGAAUGAGAAAGCCAGUAAGGUCAUAGACAAUCAGCAAAAUCAGAUAGCUGGACUGAUUUUAGACUUGCAGUCUAUGCAAGAGAAACUUUUGCAAGAAAAGUUGGCAGUUCAGAAGAUAACAAAUGAGCUUGAAGAAAAAGAAAAGAAUAUAGAGCGAUUAAAUAAAACUCUCUUUGAAAACCAAAGAUUGGUGGAAGAGAACGCCUCUCUGAGGGAGCAGAUACGGCAGGUGGAACAGGCCAGGCAGCCAGUCUCUGAGAAGAUGCCCAUAGCAGACCAGCUGUUCAAGGAAAUGUCCCAUUGUUUGUAUGACUUGAAAGCGCUGUGCAGUAUUCUUACCCAGAGAGCUCAGGGCAAGGAGCCCAACCUUUCCUUACUGCUGGGAAUCAGAUCGCUGAGCUGUUCAGCUGAAGAGAGUGAAAAUUACCACAGCACAGAAACUCUUUCGAAGAAGCUCUUGGAUGUUUGUCAGUUACGGAAAGAUAUUGAUGAAUUAAGGACUAUAAUGUCGGACCGUUACGCUCAGGACAUGGGGGACAAUUGCAUUACUCAAUGACAACAUUUCAUCUAGCAGCAAAUGACUUAUUAAACGCUGCUGUGUCACAGGUCUUUGCAUUUCUAUUAAGGAGCCAUAUUGGAAGAUUGCAAAUAGAGCUGCACAUGCAUAUCCGUGAGGAUUGUGCAUAUUUAAUCUUGGGAGUCAGGUGGGGAAGGGAGAGCCAUUGUUUGAAUAGAGUGGUACAAGCUACAAGAAAUCUUUCUCCAAACUACUGAAUGUGGGAACAAGCUGUGAAGAAUGUUUCGGUUGGAUACUUUGUUUCCUUCAUUAGGACUCAGUUUAUUACUUCAUGUGGUUUCUGGAAUGAGAGCAUCAAAAUUACUGUUUUGCUACUACUCUGUCCUUGCCAUUCAAACCUUUGAGGAAGGAAUCAUCUGUAUUUUGAAAUGGGAGCAAAGGGUCAAAGGAGCUAGAUCUGUAUGUGAUAAAGCCAGAGGCUUCUGCGACUGCACUUCAUUCUAGGAAUUGCAAUUGGAAUAAUCCUAGAGCACUACAAAAAAUGGCUACUCUUUUAAUCGCCUAAAGAAUUUGAUAGAGAAAAGGUGCCAUUUUCCCUAAUGGAUCUCAAGCAUGCUCUCCCAAUAGCAGAAGCAAAAACAAGUUUUAACUUCUUCAUGUGCAUGAAAUUCAUCAAAUUUAGGACUAUCAAAUCUUCCCGUUGUUUUCAAAAGUACGAAGUCUGUCAGAAACCCAGAGAAGCUGGGAGGUAAAAAAUUGUGGCAUGGGAUGUGGCUGUUUGGAAAAAAGAGUAGACUAUUUUAGUGUUCAUACCAUGCUUUUUUUCUUUUUUCUUCCUUCCUUUAACUCCACUUUAAAAUGUGGCUAGUCUAUAUAUGCAGGGUUCUGUCCCAGAAGGCCGCUGCUAAGAUGGUAAACAACUGCAAGCAUUUUUGACUAGAGCUACGAAACGGGUGUUUGGCACUUUGCAAAAUCAGGGCUCAGAACAGAAUGUUUCCGCUUACCGGUGUUGACUACUCAGUUAUCUGAAGACUGCAAAAUUUUCCACGUUGUUUGGGAUUUCUCAAUUCCUCCAUAUUUUUAGGAAGAGAUUACCUUUUAAAAAAAAGAUAAGAACAUGUUCCACAGUUUACUCAGUGAGUGUCACUUGGCAGUGCUAUUUGCCUCCUGCGGGACAGCUGGAAUACUAACCCCUCCACCAUCCGGCAGCAAUACUGAAGGUUAGCUCAGCAGUUGUGUGUGGCGUAAAAUAGCAUUUUACUGAAGGAAACAAAAAUCCGCGAAGAGCAAAACCACUCUGAAAUUACAUUACUAAGAAAAAAUAGGAGAGUCGACUAUAUGUGAUAUUUAAAGAAAGUUUGGAACGGCUGAGGUGAAAGUCAGUUGGUCAGCUGACCUGUAGCGUUGGUAACAGCAGAAAUCUUUGUUAGAAAGCCGAAUGGUUAGGACUAAGUAAAAUUCCUGUACCAAAUGAGUUAGCAUCUUCAGUUUUCUGAUGAUAUCGAAACUAAUAGGAGAAAAAGCAUAUAGCAAGGUAGACUAAAGUUACCAAUUUUAACUUGGCAAUGUUUCACUUUCUGUUGCAUGUUAAACAGUUACUCUUAAUGUUAUUUUUAUAAUUUAGUGAUUUAAAAAUUGUUUUUUUAACUAUAUGGACUUAUUUAUUCGACAGUAUUCUCUAUCCUGAACCUACAUCAUCCAGACUAAUCUGAAAAGUAGUGUUACUAUUUCUGUUAUUGCUUCACAGUAUGUUCAGGUAGAUUAACCUGACUGACCCACCGCCUUGCAAGCACUAAAAACUGUCUAAAUGAAAUCUCAAGU